GCGCACCACAAAAUAACUCCAGAAGAGGGCGGUGUCAUCCCUGGUAAUCACCCGGAGUUUAAAUCCCAAACCGCAGGUGCGCCUGCUCUCCCCUCAAACCUUGACCUCAGAAAAAAACACGGUGAACGUUCGCUCCACCGUUUGCUCGCGUGCCACACCGAACCUGCGCGCUGUGCUUCCGUGACGUCGCUCCAUUGAAGCCUGUGGUUGGAGCGCGAGUUCUUUUCACGUAUCUACUGGGAGAGAGAGGAGAGCGAGCGCGCCAUGGUCAGCGCUUUGAGAGAACACUGAAAUCAACCGGGAGGGACAACAUCCUAGACAUGGAAUGAGACUGUGCAACAUUAUGUCUUUCCUGGCUGUCUGACGUUAUUUUUCUGCUCAACCAUUGAAAAGGAGGUUUGUCGUUUACGUAUUGGAUUCCAGAGCACUGGGAACACCCCGGUCUCUAUUUAUCUUUCCGUUUCUCCCCCUCUGGUUGAAAAGUCACCAGAGUGGAAAGGAUAUUUCGCUUUAUUGGAAUUAUAGCUGCUCUGAAGAUGAUCUCCGGUGUUUUCUGGGAACAUUGUAUUGGAUGAGAACCUGUGAGCAUCAUGAGUACCAAUGCCUAUCAGCAGGGCUCUUUGGGCAGUGAGCGGAGCUCUGGACCUAUCCGGUGCCAGCGUUGUCGGGAGGUGUGUAAGGGAGAGGUGGUGCGCGUUCAGGACACACACUUCCACGUCAAGUGUUUCACCUGCACAGUGUGUGGGUGUGGCUUGGCUAGAUCUGGGUUCUAUCAGAAGAGUGGUGAGUACAUCUGUACGUCAGACUACCAACGUCUGUACGGGACGCGUUGUGACCGCUGUGACGGAUUCAUCACCGGGGAGGUGGUCUCUGCUCUGGGGAGGACCUACCACCCUACCUGCUUCGUCUGCAGUGUCUGCAGGAAGCCGUUCCCUAUCGGAGACAGAGUGACGUUCAGUGGGAAGGACUGUGUGUGUCAACAGUGUUCUCACACACUCGUCACCUCCAACGAACCAAUCAAGAUCCAUGGACCCAGCCACUGUUCAGGGUGUGGAGAGGAUAUAAAACAGGGACAGUCUCUGCUGGCGUUGGAGAAACAGUGGCAUGUCAGCUGCUUCAAGUGUCUAACCUGCAACAUGGUCCUCACUGGGGAAUACAUCAGCAAGGACAACGUGCCGUACUGUGAGUCUGACUACCACGCCCAGUUUGGGGUUAAGUGUGAGACGUGCAGCAGAUACAUCAGUGGACGGGUACUGGAGGCAGGGGGGAAGCACUACCACCCUACUUGUGCCCGCUGUGCCCGAUGUCACAUGAUGUUCACAGAGGGAGAAGAAAUGUACCUGCAUGGUGGUGAAGUAUGGCAUCCUUUGUGUAAGCAGGCGGCCAGAGCAGAGAGAAGACUCAGGCACAGACGUCUGUCCGAGACCUCCAUCUCUCCACCGGGUUCGUCUAUUGGCUCUCCCAGCCGCGUCAUCUGCGCCAGGGUGGAGAAUGAGAUACUAGACUAUAAGGACUUGGCUGCACUGCCUAAGGUCAAGGCCAUAUACGAGGUCCAGCCACCUGACCUCAUAUCAUCCUACCAGUCCCAGCAUCAUCCUACCAUAUCAUCCUACCAGCCCUACCCCAGAUACUCCUCAGAUGACAUAGAGACCUUCAGCUAUGGAGAGUCACCUGGGACUCUCUGUUCUCAGAAGCUGUAUUACAAUAUAGACAAGAGACAGAGACAGUGUUCCAGCCCUGCCUACAUGGACGGCUCUCCCUCCUUCAACCGCCAAGCCAUGUCUCCCAUCACGUCUCACUCACCGCAGCACUAUGGACACCCUGGCUCUGAGAGUGGCAGGAGCUCACCCUAUUACGGCUCGCUGGAGGGGCGGCCUAGUACUCCUACCACAUACCACGCCCCCAAGCAUUUCCAUGUACCAGCCUCAGGUGAACCCAACAUCUACAGCAAACCUCCCAUCUAUAAGAGAACGGACAAUCUCCCAGCCACCAAAAGCAGGACCAGCGAAGAUCUAAUCACAUCCUCCAGACUGUCUACCUACUCUCCAGAACACUACACACAGUCAGAGUCUGACUCCUACCCCUAUCCCAGAUCCCCUAAAGCUCUCCGUGCUCCUAGGAGAAGGUAUUCUACAGGAGGAGAUGAAGAGAACUGGAGUCACAGCAGUCUUCAAAGAAUCCAGAGUGGUAUAGGGAGGAUGAUCCUAAAGGAGGAGAUGAAAGCUAGAUCUGGUUGCUAUGACAAUGACCCUUGGGGCAGCGCCCGGAAUUCCCGCAGCGGCAGCAAGGAGGCUCUCACCACUACCAGCUACAACAGCACCGGCUACAACAACACUGUCAAUGGCUCUCCUCCAUCCCAUUACAGCUUAGACAGUGACUCAUACAAGUCAGCCUCUCUACCAGGAUACAGGCGGAACGGUGUCAACAGGCCCCAGAGUGCAGCCGCAGACUACUACCAACAGUAUGACAGCAGCAGUGAAGUCAACUGGGGAACCAGAGAAUACAAGGUGUACCCGUAUGAAGUACUGAUCGUGACCACCAGGGGGAGACACAGACUGCCUAAAGACGUAGACAGAGCCAGACUAGAGCGUCAUCUGAGUCCCGAGGAGUUCCUACAGGUGUUUGGGAUGACCGUGGCAGAGUUUGACCGGCUGGCUCUCUGGAAGAGAAAUGAAAUGAAGAAACAGGCCCAACUCUUCUAACCAUGGAGAGAGAGAAAAUUAGAAGAGAGAGAGAGAGAGAGACAGAGAGAGAAACUGUUCUAAAUAGAGAGAGACUGUUAAUGACAACAGAGAGAGGUCUUACGUCAGAAUGAGAGAGUUGCGACAGACAGACAGACAGACAGACAGACAGACAGACAGACAGACAGACAGACAGACAGACAGACAGACAGACAGACAGACAGACAGACAGACAGACAGACAGAGGGAAUGUGUAAUUUCACUGCCACAGACUGAACUAAACCCUCCCCACCCCACCACUGCCCAGGGUCAAAAGAGAGAGAGACAGAGGGAGAGACACAAAGUUCAGGAGACUUUUGGCUUUGCCUUACUAUUGUGGAUGAUUUUAUACCUUUUGAGUGUGCAGCACCAGCAAACUAAGUGACUAGAAUGUAGAUAUCAUUUACACCUCUUCACCACAUCAGAAUGAAUGAAUGAAUGGAUGGACGAAUAAACACACAAUGCUUAUGUUUUUAAAUGGAUGUUCAUUGAUGAUCAUUUCUCCUUUUACUUUACUACUUGUAUCUUGUGGUUUACAGUGAUACUGGCAGCAUGCCCAUCUUUUAAUGACAUCAUACCUAUAUUUUAAUGACAUCAUACCUGUGUUCCAAUGACAUCAUGAAAUUAUUUUUCUGACAAUGAAAACAUUUCUUCACAUUGUGAAUGUGUACAGUACAAAAGAAGGAUUGUUGCUCCACCAGAUAUGCUAAUUAUUCACACAACAAUAGGCUACAGACUGGAUGUAUUGACUGUCAGGAAAACGAACACAUGCUAGACGUACCUGCUGUAGCGUUGUGAUAGAGGGAACACUAUUGCUUACACACGGGGAUAAUAGUUGAAUUAUGAAUACGUAUUCAUCUUGGAACAUUGCAUAAACAAACAUUAAAUACAGUUUGUAUUGCGGACAUGAAAUGAGAAGUGUGUAGCUUGGUUAACAUACAGUUCUAGACUACAGUUGUUUGCAGUUAUGAAGACGUAUCCAGUCACAACACGUAGGUUGCAGAUGAACAUUCAUAACACAAUAUUCGGAGGGUUGGUUUCCUUGACACGUAUUGAUCCUCUACUCCUGGGCUGAAAACGUUCAUAGUCCGGGUCUUAUUUGAUCAAAUUGAUCCUUUUCAUUUGAAACUACAAAACAUACUGUAACUAUCUCCUUGUCAUAGCUUUUCACAGUUACAUCAUGUAUCAUUUAUUCCAAUAAAAUGAUGUUUUCAUGUGUA